AGCACAUCAUCACCCCACAGCGGCAGCAGCAUGGCAGCGGACAGCACGAUGUCGAACGGUCGGGAAACGGCGUGUUUGAAUGGCGAGCCGGCGGUGAAGCGCUCGCGGGAGAGCGGCGCGGUGGAGGCGCUCCGGACUCCACGGGAGCCGCAGAAUAAAGUGACCGUGGUGCUGGGGGCUCAGUGGGGAGACGAGGGGAAGGGGAAAGUGGUGGACCUGUUGGCUAUGGACGCCGACAUUGUGUGCAGAUGCCAGGGAGGAAACAACGCGGGACACACGGUGGUCGUGGACUCUGUGGAAUACGACUUUCACCUGUUACCGAGCGGAGUUCUCAAUAAAAAGGCCCUCUCUUUUAUCGGAAAUGGAGUUGUGAUUCAUCUACCAGGGUUGUUUGAAGAGGCUGAGAAGAAUAUGCAGAAAGGCAAUGGGCUACAGGGUUGGGAAGAGAGACUGAAGAUUUCAGACCGUGCACAUAUUGUGUUUAAUUUCCACCAGGCUGUUGACGGGAUACAAGAGCAACAGAGGCAGCAGCAGGCAGGGAAGAAUUUGGGAACUACUAAAAAGGGCAUUGGUCCUGCGUACUCCUCUAAGGCAGCACGCAAUGGACUCAGAGUGUGUGAUUUGGUCUCUGAUUUCUCAGUUUUUGAAGAAAAGUUCCGUGUACUGGCAAGCCAUUUUCAGACCAUGUACCCCAACCUUAACAUUGAUGUUGAUGCAGAACUAGAGCAACUAAUGGGUUAUGCAGAGAGAUUGCGUCCUCUGGUAACUGAUGGGGUUUACUUCAUGCAUAAAGCCCUAACUGGACCUAGCAAGAAGAUUCUGGUGGAAGGAGCUAAUGCAGCCCUCCUAGAUAUUGACUUUGGGACCUAUCCGUUUGUGACCUCAUCAAACUGCACUGUUGGAGGUGUGUGCACAGGCCUUGGUGUGCCCCCGUCCCAUGUUGGACGAGUCUAUGGUGUGGUGAAGGCAUACACCACCAGAGUGGGUGUUGGAGCGUUCCCUACAGAGCAGAACAAUGACGUCGGUGAUCUGCUGCAGUCCAAAGGAAGAGAAUUUGGAGUGACAACAGGCAGACGGCGACGCUGUGGGUGGCUGGACCUGGUUUUGGUCCGUUAUGCUCACAUGGUCAACGGUUUCACAGCUAUUGCUCUGACCAAGUUGGACAUACUUGAUACAUUGCCUGAGAUAAAAGUGGGUGUGGCCUAUACAGUUGAUGGCAAGCCCUUGCCCAGCUUUCCAGCUAACAUGGAUGUCCUGACGAAGGUCUCUGUGACCUAUGAGACAUUACCUGGGUGGUGCUGCAGCACAGAGGGAGCACGCAACUUUGAUGAACUGCCAGCUCAGGCACAGGCCUACAUUUGCUUCAUUGAGGACUUUUUACAGGUGCCAGUAAAAUGGGUUGGUGUUGGCAAGUCCAGGGAAAGCAUGAUCAAGCUGUUCUAAGCUGCUGAAUGAUGGCACCUGAAAUCCACCUCGUGUAGGUUCACCAGAAACAUCGCAAAUAUAAGGACCAUAAUAUUAUGUAGUGGAUCAGUGCGGAGUUGACCAACUUUGGGUUUAAAACCCAAAGAAUGGCCACUUAAAGUGAGCACCAGCAUCAUCACUAUAGUUCAGGACCAUGUAGUUUAUAGUGAGGGAUUGCACUAUGUUGCAAAUGCAUCCAUGAAACUGAUGAAAUAUUGAAACAUCUGAAAAAGCGUUCUGAUUUUUGACUCUUAGAUUGGCACUUUUAUUAAGAUACACACUUAGAAAAAUUUAGUCUGUACCUGGAUGAAACCUCAGAUUUUUGUAAAUAUAUUUUGCAACACAAAACCCUACUUAUUUUCCAUCUCACAGCUCUCUUCAGAACUGCUUUGUAAUAUAAAGAUAAUUUACUGGUAACAAGCUAUAGCUCCUUCUAGUCCUUCUGGUGACCAGGCAGGCCAUUGUCUGUAGACGGUCAGUGUUGGUGCUCUCAGUGUUUUACCAUUCCUUAAACUCAGAUUACCUUUACCAAACUCUUGACAGUUUACUACAUUUUAAAAGAAUCAACUAUUUUCAUCACUGAUGGAAAACAGACUUUUAAGGGUUCCUUGUCAUUUGUAGCUGAACAUGUUUUUGUACGUAAUCGAAUGUAUAAGGUCAGUAUAAGACCUUUUGGUUUGAAGUGUCUAUUUCUUUUUUUUUUUCUUUUUUUUCUUUUAAAAAGUUUGUACAUGAAAAUAUUUUGUGGUCUGCUAUGACCAGUGGUUCUAUAAACCAAAAGGGAUGUUCACGUAAAUGCGAUGCAUAAAUACACAUGCUUUUGUAAGCAACUAGCUAUAUAAAAUCCUCACUUUUUCUUUUACAGUUAUAACAUAUUAAAAAUCAAGUUAGAAAUGCACAAGAGAGAACUGUGAUGUGUAGAUGCAUUUAUUUGCAUUCCGCUGGAGUGUAUGGACCGACUUGUUGGCUGCUGCAACGGAACAAUAAAAUAUUCAAAUCAAUUCA